AUGCUUGACCCAUUCACUGCGCGCAAUAGCUGCUGUGCCGAGUGUGCCGAGUGUGCCGAGUGUGCCGAGUGUGCCGAGUGUGCCGAGUGUGCCGAGUGUGCCGAGUGUGCCGAGUGUGCCGAGUGUGCCGAGUAUGCUGAGUGUUCCGAGUGUGCCGAGUGUGCCGAGUGUGCCGAGUGUGCCGAGUGUGCCGAGUGUGCCGAGUGUGCCGAGUAUGCUGAGUGUUCCGAGUGUGCCGAGUGUGCCGAGUGUGCCGAGUGUGCCGAGUGUGCCGAGUGUGUCGAGUGUGCCGAGUAUGCUGAGUGUGCCGAGUGUGCCGAGUGUGCCGAGUGUGCCGAGUGUGCCGAGUGUGCCGAGUGUGUCGAGUGUGCCGAGUAUGCCGAGUGUGCCGAGUGUGCCGAGUGUGCCGAGUAUGCUGAGUGUGCCGAGUGUGCCGAGUGUGCCGAGUGUGCCGAGUGUGCCGAGUGUGCCGAGUGUGCCGAGUGUGCCGAGUGUGCCGAGUGUGCCGAGUAUGCCGAGUAUGCCGAGUGUUGUGCCGAGUGUGCCGAGUGUGCCGAGUGUGUCGAGUGUGCCAAGUGUGCCGAGUGUGCCGAGUGUGCCGAGUGUGCCGAGUGUGCCGAGUGUGCCGAGUAUGCCGAGUGUGCCGAGUGUGCCGAGUGUGCCGAGUGUGCCGAGUGUGCCGAGUGUGCCGAGUGUGCCGAGUGUUCCGAGUAUGCCGAGUGUGCCGAGUGUGCCGAGUGUGCCGAGUGUGCCGAGUGUGCCGAGUGUGCCGAGUGUGCCGAGUGUGCCGAGUGUGCCGAGUAUGCCGAGUGUGCCGAGUGUGCCGAGUGUGCCGAGUGUGCCGAGUGUGCCGAGUGUGCCGAGUGUGCCGAGUGUGCCGAGUGUGCCGAGUGUGUCGAGUGUGCCGAGUGUGCCGAGUGUGCCGAGUGUGCCGAGUGUGCCGAGUGUGCCGAGUGUGUAGACAGAUAG